AUGUUUCAUCUUUUCGUCUUAUUUGUUAGCUCUCGAAAUAUCACAAUUUCGAAGCGGGGUCAAACAUCAAAAUAUACUAUCUAUUAUCCUAAAACAGAACGCGGCCAACAACCAUGGUGGCGUACAGCAGCACGCGAGAUGCAAGCAGGAAUCAAAAACAUCACCGGUGAAGUUAUUCCAAUGAUCACGGACGACAACAAACUCGAAGGCAAAGGCAUUUUUAUUGGUCCUACUAAAUAUUCUAAAGAAAUGACAACUUUACGUUUUACAGAUUUAGGUCUUGAUGCAUAUGAGAUCCGAUUUGUUGGUGACGAACAUCUUAUUAUCAACGGUGGUUCACGUGGUACUAUUUAUGGUGUUUAUGAACUUUUAGAACAAUAUGCUAAAUUUCGCUUUUACACUACAUGGAUGGAAAUCUAUCCGUCAGCUGAUGAAUUCAAUGUCGACUCCGAAGUUAACAUCAGUGACGUUGCCGCAUAUCAAUAUCGCCAUAUUUGGGCCACAGAUACAAUACUCAACUUUUACCACAACAUCCGUAAACGUGCCAAUGCUGGAGAUCAAGGCUUAGGAGUUGAUUACAGAGGUUUCUUAUGGGCUACAUUUGGAACUCAUACAUUCUGGGCUCAAAUGCCUGUCGAAGAAUAUCCUGUAGAUCAAUUCCCAGAAAUGUGGUCAUUGCAACCAGAUGGAAAAAGAUCUACUAUUGCACCUUGUCUUUCAAAUCAAAAAGCGUUUGAUGCAAUUCUUUAUCAUAUCAUCAAAGCUGUUGAUGAAGAUAAUACUUCAUCAUUUAUUGAAGUUGGUCAUAACGAUGAUUACGUAUAUUGUCAUUGCCCUGAUUGUUCUGCAAAGCAAGAAAAAUACGGAGGAAGAUACUCUGGAGUUAUGCUAGAUUUUGUUAAUAGACUGUCUGAUGCUCUUAAGCCUAAAUAUCCGAACCAUAUUAUCAAAAUGCUUGCUUACUACAUGACAAAAGACGCUCCAUUUAAUAUUGUUGGAAGAGACAACGUUGCAAUUAAAUUAUGUCCAAUAGGAAAUGAUAUCGGACAUGCUGUUAAUGAAUCAACAGAUGCUUAUACAAUAAAAUCUAUGCAAAAUAUAAUUAAUUGGUCGAAAGUUGUGAAACAUAUUCAACUAUAUGAAUAUUACACUAAUUUCAAUUAUCCAAUGCACAUCACUCCAAAUCAUGAAAUGAUUGGAAAGAAUUUGCAAUUCUACACCAAAUAUUAUAUUGAUGGAUAUAUGGGUGAAGAUACAAUGGGAUGGUUAAGAAAUCCCACAAGAAGAGUCCAGCAUACACAUAUGACAUAUUAUAGACAAUACAUCCAAUCGAAAAUGAUGUUUUAUCCUGAUCGUCCACUUCGUUAUUAUGAAAAUGAUUUCCUCUAUGGGUUCUACGGGGCAGAAGCAGCAGCAUAUAUUAGGAGAUAUUUAAAUGUAUCAUCGGAACUUGUGCAUUUCAGACCAGAGGUAAAGUUAAGCUGUCUUGGAGGCCCCAUUUCUGAUAUUCAGAGCGAUAAUUUCAAUUACUAUGCAAGAUGGCUCUGGGGUAAAGCUGUUGAAGGUGCAAUACAUUCAGGAACAGAAAAACAAAUAUUUAAUACAUUAAUGGGAGAAAUUCCAGCAAUGAACACAGUUUAUACCAUGGAGAAAGGAAAAUCAUGGCCAUUAAUUGUUGACUCCAAAGGAAGAGUCAGAUGCAAAGGUGCACAAUUUGAAGAAAUUGCAACAAAAAUUUUAGACAGAUGUCAUAAUUUAUCAUACGUUGAUCCUAACUCAAAUGGAAUAUGUGCAAUUAUAAGAUUCCUAGAUACGGAUGGUCCUCCUAUUUAUGCAGAUUAUAAGUUGUACAGUGAAGGUGUUCCAGCAAUAACUCUUAAAUCAGGUAAACUAAAAGCAAUCGCAGGUGAAGAACCAGCAUAUGGAAAAGUUUUCUCUUUUACCAAGAACGGAGAAGAAUACAUUGAUAAUGUCGAAUGUUUAGAUUUCUGCAUGUUCCGUACAUUCAAGAUCACUGGUCACAUCAACUACAACAUGAAACUUAUUAAAAACACAGACACAUAUGCCCAUUUCAAAUAUGAUCCAUCAGACUAUACACUUGAGAAAACAUAUACAUUAAAUGAUGACAAAUUAACAAUCAAUGUUAAGUAUCGAUACAAAGGAUGUAAUACAUGUGGUGAUUUCAAAGGACGUCCAACAUUGUCAGUUCCUCUUGAUUUAGGUGACAGCAAAGAUGUUUUCUACAAGUUAGGUGAUGGUCCAUGGGUUCGUCCAAAAUUUGAUGUUGUUGCUACAUUUGUUAAUCACCUUGGUCAUAAUCUUAAUGGCGAAAAAUCAUUCUCCAUCUGCAAUGGUCGAACUCGGAAAGGCAUGCGAUUUGAAUUUGCUCCAUCGAAAGUCAACUAUUUCUCAUGCUGCUUAAACAAAUCAUCCAAAUUCAUCAAAGUAUACACAGGUCAAUCAUAUCUUCACAUGAGAGUCGGUGAAACAUAUGAAACAUCUAUUUCGUUGUCUCCUCUUGAAAAUGUUCUUGAUUUACCACAUAUUGAUAUGCCAAACUUAGACACAGGAGACAAAACAAUCCAUUAUUAUCCAAUGUAUUAUAUCAAUGACAUUGCAUUCCCUAAUGGUGGAGUCAAUCAACAUAUUCCAGUUGUUGAUAAUCUUUCAUUUGUUGGUAUUUCGUCAUAUGUCAAAACAGGAUUACCAGACAAAGGAAGUAUGCUUUCAUUUAGUGUUGGAAGGGAUCUCCCAUGGGUCUAUGGAAUGCAUGGUGGAUACUUCACAUUGCGAAUGAGAGUCCGAUGUUCAGAACGAUCCGGAUAUGAUUAUCCUUGGUGGAUUGGAUACACAACUCCAUAUCACGGAGAAUGGUAUACAGGUAGCUCAAUGGAACAAAUUCCUGAGAAAGAUGAAUAUUUCUAUAUCGAUUACAAACCAGAACCAGAUGCUCAUCCUCAUACAAAACCAUGGUUGCAGGCUCUAGCAGUAUGCGGAAGUAUGUAUGUUGAGGGAUAUUAUUUGGAUCAAAACACAAGUUGGCCAGUUACUUUCAAUUAUCCAUAUCUGAAUUACACAUAUAAUGAUAACUUAAAGCCAAUGAAGGAACCUGUUUUGAGGGAAUAUCAACAGACGAUGAAGAGAACACCAGCUCCAUACGAACCAUAUAAUUCACGAAAUAUCGGAUUAAUUGUAGGCUUAGUAAUUGUAGGAAUUGUUGUCAUUGCAGGCAUCAUUGUUGCUGCUUUCUUUAUAUAUAAGAAACUUUCUCAAAAGAAUUCCGACAUAGAAAAUGAUGAAACCCCAGACGCUAAAGAAUCUGAUGCUUAA